CGUUUCCUGGUUCAUGUUUAAUCACAAAUGUAUUUUAUAUCGAAAACAUAUCAAAUAACGAUUUACAACAGAGAUAUCUAUUUUUUUUUUGGCAUCACAGUCGUCCCGUAAAUUGGUACUAAAACCAUGCUCGGUAGAUACACAACGUGAUAUCGUCGAAAACAACAUCGACAAAGCUAGGCCUGGCAUGGAGCUUGGCAUGGAGGCAGUGGAGGACGAUAUCUGCAUUCUGAAGCAUGAGACGGCGUACGGUGGAGCAGGGGAGAGCCCCGUGUCCGUGUGUGCCGGGGAUGAGUCCGUAGCCUCCCACUUUGCCUUGGUCACAGCAUACGAGGACAUCAAGAAGAGGCUGAGAGACACGGAGAGAGAGAACACACUGCUGAGGAAGAGAGUCAAACAACUGGAAGAUAAGCUGUUCAGGCCUGACAGUCCUCCUUCCCCUAGGUCCAGAAGGACUAGGUCCAGCCCAGUACAGUCCAACAAGGCCUUCAGUGCCUACCGUGGCAUCUACAUGGAGAAGGAGGACCUGCAGCUGGAGCUCAAUAAACUGAGGGAGAAGAGUGAGUCUGAGAGGCUCCUGAAUGAGCAGCUGCAGGCCAAAGAGAUGGAGCUGCUGCAGUUAAAGACUGAGAUGGAGACCAGUCAAGUGAUGAAGUCUCUAACCAGUACUCAGGACUACUGGCAGGUGGACAGGAUCAACAGUGACCUGAAGAUGCAUACGCUGCAGGAGGAGUUGGAGAGGAUGACUCUGGAGAAGAACCGACUGCAGGGACACUGUGGGGAUUCUUCUGGAACUGACUGUGACCAGAAUCACGUGGAGUCCAACCCCAGCGAUAAGGCAGUUCUACAGUCCUAUGAGGCCCUGGCCACUGAGAUCUCCUCUCUACACUCAGUGUUGAAACAACAGUCUGACCUGGUGAAGAAGCUAGCAGCUAACAGACGAGCUGCACCAACUGUCCCUGUUCAGUGCCUGGACGAUGUGGAGAAGAACCUGAACCAUCAAACAGGCCGCAUGACCGUGCCCCGAGCCCCUAGUGCCCCCCCUGUCCCCUCCAGCUCUGGCCGGCCCUGCCUUCCCCCCGUGGCCCCCCCGGCUCUGGAGGGUCUCAGGGAGGACUACUGGCCAAACGGUCCCUGGUCCAGCCACUACCCUGGAGCCUUGGGUCUGGACAGUACGAGCCCUGUCCUCCUGCCUCCUCCUCCUCUCAACCAGGCCUCUCUAGAUGACUCCUCCUGGUCCUUCCCCUCCCCGCCCAAACCCAGCGACGCCCUCUUCUGGGAGGGCCAGAGGCAGGGUCUGAGCCAGGGCAGCCCCAUCCACUCCUCCAGGGGUAGUACCCCCAUGAGCCCUAAUGGAGACUGGGCCAAGCCCCCACCCUACUGAGGUGGAGAACCCCCUGGCUCUAAGCCUGCCCUGCCGUGCAACACCCAACCUGCCUUAAGAUGAGGAGACACCUCCUAUGGACUCUCCAGCCUGGGGAACUUGCUCCGAGCCCCUAGUGCCCCCCCCUGUCCCCUCCAGCUCUGGCCGGCCCUGCAUCCCCCCCCCCCCCUUAAGAUGAGGAGACUCCUGGGGAACUUGCUCCAGAAUGAUUCAACUAGCCACAGAGCAAACCACAGGAGAAGCUUCUGAUGGGCUGACCCUCUGACCCGGCCCAGACACACGGACGACUCCCCUCCCUGGGAAUCAGGUGGCAGAGAAAGGAAGGGUUUCAUCCAGCCAAGAGAGAAAGAUGACAGCCAGAUGAUGACUGUGUUUAUGUGUGUGUAUCCCCAUACUGGUAUUUACUAGAGCUCAAAGCUGUUGUGAACUAAUCCACAGUCUGACUGCUUUUCCAUUUUAAGCCCCUCCCUCCUAAUGUGACUUAUUUACAUGUUAUGUAUUAUAAAGGUAUAUAGUCAA